UUCGCUCAAUGCAAAAUAACUUUACAAUCCGAAUAGAAGCGCUUAUGUCGGUUAUGAAAACAGUUGAGAAUAAUUUUUAAAUUAAUAUUAUUUAAAUGCUACAAAUAUAAUGGAAACUGGAAUUGAAUUCGAUCUAAAAUUAAUUGAAUUUGUGAAAGCAAAUCCAAUAUUAUACCAAAGAGAAUUGCGAGUUACGCCAUACCAAUGUAUAAAAGAAAAAACUGAAAUUUGGAAAAGCAUUGCAGUCUCACUUAAAACAAAUCAUAAAGAAGUCAUAAUGCGUUGGAAAAAUUUGCGUGAAAAGUAUCUAACUAUGUUAAAAAAUGAAAGAACAUCGAAUCAACCAAAAAGUCCGACGAAUAAAGACCCUUCAGCAAAGACGAAUAAUGCUUGGCCACUGUAUGAAAAGAUGCAUUUCCUACUAAAACACAACAUAUGUUAUGGUUUAAACACAAAGAGCGCACAACAAGAUAAUAAAAAGAAUACAGCUGUUAUGGAUGCUGAAUUAUUAAGUGAAGACGAAGAUAUUGCAAUACAAGAAGCAAUGGAGGAGCAAGCAAUUACUACCAGUGAUAAAGUAAAGUUUGAAAAUAAUGCAAUGUCAACUGCAGGACAAGCCGAUAGAAACAUGUCCAAAAGUAUUGAAGCGCUUUUUGCCACUCUUGAAGGAAAUAAUCGGAAUAUAGCUCAAAAACGCAUAUUGGAGUAUCUAUGCAAAUGUAAUCUCAAAGCAUUGAAAAAUGAAUCCAUAGAAGACAUUGUUAUUUAAUUCAAAGUUUUUAGUAUUAUUUUAUAAUUGUAUUCUUUUGUACCUAUGUAGCACUUAGUUUUGUAUGAUUAAAUUAACGUUUUUAACUUUAUAAAGAAUUUUGAGUUAU